AUGAUAUCUAAGGAAGAAGAGCAUUCAGUCGAAACAGAGACUGAAGAAACUUUAAGUGAAGCUUCUGAGACAGAAAUUCCUCAGACAGUACCGCAAAAAAUAGAACAUACGGUAUCUAAAGAAGAAGAGCAUUCAGUCGAAACAGAGACUGAAGAAACCUUAACUCUAGCUUCUGAGUCAGAAAUUCCUCAGAUAGUACCGGAAGAAAUAGAACAUACAGUAUCUAAGGAAGAAGAGCAUUCAGUCGAAACAGAGUCUAAAGGAACUUUAAGUGUAGCGUCUGAAUCAGAGAAAUUCCUCAGACAUGAAGCUUCUGAGACAAAAAUUCCUCAGACAGUACCGGAAGAAAUAGAACAUACAGUAUCUAAGGAAGAAGAGCAUUCAGUCGAAACAGAGACUGAAGAAACCUUAAGUGUAGAUUCUGAGUUAGAAAUUCCUCAGACAGUACCGGAAGAAAUAGAACAUACAGUAUCUAAGGAAGAAGAGCAUUCAGUCGAAACAGAGUCUGAAGAAACUUUAAGUGAAGCUUCUGAGACAGAAAUUCCUCAGACAGUACCGGAAGAAAUAGAACAUACAGUAUCUAAGGAAGAAGAGCAUUCAGUCGAAACAGAGUCUGAAGGAACUUUAAGUGAAGCUUCUGAGACAGAAAUUCCUCAGACAGUACCGGAAGAAAUAGAACAUACAGUAUCUAAGGAAGAAGAGCAUUCAGUCGAAACAGAGACUGAAGAAACCUUAAGUGUAGCUUCUGAGUCAGAAAUUCCUCAGACAGUACCUGAAGAAAAAGAACAUACAGUAUCUAAGGAAGAAGAGCAUUCAGUCGAAACAGAGUCUGAAGAAACUUUAAGUGAAACUUCUGAGACAAAAAUUCCUCAGACAGUACCGGAAGAAAUAGAACAUACAGUAUCUAAGGAAGAAGAGCAUUCAGUCGAAACAAAGACUGAAGAAACCUUAAGUGUAGCUUCUGAGUUAGAAAUUCCUCAGACAGUACCGGAAGAAAUAGAACAUACAGUAUCUAAGGAAGAAGAGCAUUUAGUCGAAACAGAGACUGAAGAAACCUUGAGUGUAGCUUCUGAGUCAGAAAUUCCUCAGACAGUACCGGAAGAAACAGAACAUACAGUAUCUAAGGAAGAAGAGCAUUCAGUCGAAACAGAGUCUGAAGAAACUUUAAGUGUAGCUUCUGAGUCAGAAAUUCCUGAGACAGUACCGGAAGAAACAGAGCAUACAGUAUCUAAGGAAGAAGAGCAUUCAGUCGAAACAGAGACUGAAGAAACCUUAAGUGUAGCUUCUGAGUCAGAAAUUCCUCAGACAGUACCGGAAGAAACAGAACAUACAGUAUCUAAGGAAGAAGAGCAUUCAGUCGAAACAGGGACUGAAGAAACCUUAAGUGUAGCUUCUGAGUCAGAAAUUCCUCAGACAGUACCGGAAGAAACAGAACAUACAGUAUCUAAGGAAGAAGAGCAUUCAGUCGAAACAGAGACUGAAAAAACUUUAAGUGAAGCUUCUGAGACAAAAAUUCCUCAGACAGUACCGGAAGAAAUAGAACAUACAGUAUCUAAGGAAGAAGAGCAUUCAGUCGAAACAAAGACUGAAGAAACCUUAAGUGUAGCUUCUGAGUCAGAAAUUCCUCAGACAGUACCGGAAGAAACAGAACAUAAAGUAUCUAAGGAAGAAGAGCAUUCAGUCGAAACAGAGACUGAAAAAACUUUAAGUGAAGCUUCUGAGACAAAAAUUCCUCAGACAGUACCGGAAGAAAUAGAACAUACAGUAUCUAAGGAAGAAGAGCAUUCAGUCGAAACAGAGACUGAAGAAACCUUAAGUGUAGCGUCUGAGUUAGAAAUUCCUCAGACAGUACCGGAAGAAAUAGAACAUACAGUAUCUAAGGAAGAAGAGCAUUCAGUCGAAACAGAGUCUGAAGAAACUUUAAGUGAAGCUUCUGAGACAGAAAUUCCCCAGACAGUACCGGAAGAAAUAGAACAUACAGUAUCUAAGGAAGAAGAGCAUUCAGUCGAAACAGAGACUGAAGAAACCUUAAGUGUAGCUUAUGAGUCAAAAAUUCCUCAGACAGUACCGGAAGAAAUAGAACAUACGGUAUCUAAGGAAGAAGAGCAUUCAGUCGAAACAGAGACUGAAGAAACCUUAACUCUAGCUUCUGAGUCAGAAAUUCCUCAGAUAGUACCGGAAGAAAUAGAACAUACAGUAUCUAAGGAAGAAGAGCAUUCAGUCGAAACAGAGUCUAAAGGAACUUUAAGUGUAGCGUCUGAGUCAGAAAUUCCUCAGACAGUACCGGAAGAAAUAGAACAUACAGUAUCUAAGGAAGAAGAGCAUUCAGUCGAAACAGAGACUGAAAAAACUUUAAGUGAAGCUUCUGAGACAAAAAUUCCUCAGACAGUACCGGAAGAAAUAGAACAUACAGUAUCUAAGGAAGAAGAGCAUUCAGUCGAAACAGAGACUGAAGAAACCUUAAGUGUAGCUUCUGAGUUAGAAAUUCCUCAGACAGUACCGGAAGAAAUAGAACAUACAGUAUCUAAGGAAGAAGAGCAUUCAGUCGAAACAGAGACUGAAGAAACCUUGAGUGUAGCUUCUGAGUCAGAAAUUCUUCAGACAGUACCGGAAGAAACAGAACAUACGGUAUCUAAGGAAGAAGAGCAUUCAACAGUACCGGAAGAAACAGAGCAUACAGUAUCUAAGGAAGAAGAGCAUUCAGUCGAAACAGAGACUGAAGAAACCUUAAGUGUAGCUUCUGAGUCAGAAAUUCCUCAGACAGUACUGGAAGAAACAGAACAUACAGUAUCCAAGGAAGAAGAGCAUUCAGUCGAAACAGGGACUGAAGAAACCUUAAGUGUAGCUUCUGAGUCAGAAAUUCCUCAGACAAUACCGGAAGAAACAGAACAUACAGUAUCUAAGGAAGAAGAGCAUUCAGUCGAAACAGAGACUGAAGAAACUUUAAGUGAAGCUUCUGAGACAAAAAUUCCUCAGACAAAACCUGAAGAGAGAGAACAUACAGUAUCUAAGGAAGAAGAGCAUUCAGUUGAAACAGAGUCUGAAGAAAUCUUAGUUGAAGCUUCUGUGUCAGAAAUUCCUGAAACAGAAUUUGAAGAGAAGACUGGAGGAUUAGAAACAUCAAAACCAGAAGACAAAAUUGAAUUAUUUACACCAGUAAAAUACUCAAAAACCACUGCAAAAACUAGAGUAACUUCAGAAAAAGAUGAGGGUUUAUUAGUCAAUGCAGAUAGAUUCCUGGACUUUCAAUCAACUCCAUGUGAGUUUUGUGAUUUUACUACAUCAGAAGCUUCUGUCGCUCAAACUAAACACUCAUCUAAACAAAUCUCCAAUCAUAGGUCGACUUUAACAAGUUAUCUACAGACACCUAGUAAACCUCCUCAUACAAAAGUGAGCCAUCACACAACUACAGCAGAAGAUUUAACUCCAAAAGCUGGGUUUGGUAUAGAGCUGCCUGAAUCAGAAACAACUCCAUGUGAAUACUGUAAGGAUGACAAGCAGCUACCAGGAACUACUGAAGUUUCUGUCCCUAAAAAUAAGCAUUAUACUAAAAUAUACAGUCUGUUACUAAAAAAGUAA